AUGCAAGCACCCCAGUCCCGCCCGAUCAAAAAACCCCGAAUCUCUCUGAGUUGCAUUGUCUGUCGCCGACGCAAGGUUAGCUGCGGCCGCAAACAGCCAGAAUGCGCCAACUGUGUGCGGAUGAAGGAGACCUGCGUCUACCAGGCCAUGGCACGGGAUGAGCCCACCGGCCGUGUACGACCAGCAUCCCCGUCGCCGCAGAACGGUCAUUACGGUGGAUCACAGUCCGUGGGCACGUCCUACACGGCCGUGCCCUCGUGGAAAGAGGCCAUCCAGUUCCCGAAUGACCCUGUUGCGAACCCUCCCUGCGCGUGCGGUAUCACAGCAACCUCCCGGGGUCCGUUCGAGUUCCCAGAGACAACCGCAUACCCCUUUCCGACCUCCACCGAUCCCAAUGGUCCCAGACCGACUCUACUCUGUCGCGAUCAUCUCAGUCUACGCCGGGGCGGCCAUGUUCGAUACAUCGGUCCAACGUUCUGGGGCUUCGUUGCUGGAAAAGAGAGUCUGAGCGGUGAUUUCCUUGACGAAAAUCACCAUGCACCCCCCGACCUACCUCUGCCUCAUAUCUCCUCCCAUGGGCAUGUUCAAUCUCCUUCGCUCCUUACCCACGAAACCUGUCAGUGA